AUGCAUCGACUUUUUGCUGAGCUGGAGCCAUCUGUAACCGUCACCGAGCAAAACCUGGCAGACCGAGUUCGGUAUAUCUUGCGCUCAAAUACAUUUGAUGUUACCGAACUCGAACGACUACGACGUGAGGCUGUUCCUUCAUCGGGUGAAAAUGCUGCGGCUGAGGAUGCGGCGCCACAACUUGCUGAGCAAACGGCAAAUGUAGAUGCCGCCGUGAACACGCCAGUUGUGGUUGAUUCAGACGAUGAUGGAACAGUCGCCCAGGAACUGGAACUAGAGCAAAUGAGGAGUACACUGGAAGAGGCGAUUGUGGAAACGCGCAGUACGCCUCUCGAAAAUCGACCGCGACUUCCCCGCUUAGCCCUAAGCAAGCGGAAUCGGGCUGUCGUGAGGGCUCUGAACCCAAUGCUGGUUACCUAUUUGGAAGCCAGCCAGGACCUUUGCGAGACGGACUCAAUUCUUUUUGGCGCCGCACUGGCAGUCUGCCGUAUUAUAGGCGCCAAACUUUCCACGGCUGGACGCGCUACUGGACAAAGUAGUGCUAUCCCAGCCUGGAGAAUAAGAAUUGAAGAACGUAUCGCAAAGGCUAGGACCUAUUCAUCAUAG